UGACUUCAUUCCUUCUGGGGCCUGGUGCUUUAUUUGCCUUCAUUUUCUCGAGUUGAUUUUUUACAGUAAAAGAAGCCAGGUCUCCUAUUAAAAUAAAGAAGAAGGUAACGCCCUAAAAGUAAAGAAAGUCUACGCGAUAAGAACUUUACGUCCUUCCCCCGAAGGCCGACAGACAAACAGACAGAACUUCCACCAAGGCCAAACAUUGGUCGGUCGGUCAAAAACAAUCCAACAGGUUGCUGUCGACGAGGACCGAUCUAAGUGUCACCGAAUUUACGUGGACUAACACUACCAGGCAAUGAGUCAUGUCAGGCCUACGAAACGAAGUGCUGGAAGCAUCAAUAAGAAUUUUAGGCCCUGCAACCCGUCAGGUAUUGUCUACAAGACUUGAUUCUAGAAAGGUUCUCUUAUCACCUGAAGGAUUGCGAAGAGAUUGGAGGGGUCUAGCUGUGCAAGCUGAAAUUGAUGAAGGUAGUAUAAGCAGUGGUAAAAUAUCUGAUACAGAAUGUUUUUUCCAAAAAUGGAGAGCAAAAGGUGGAACCGUUGGUGAGCUUCUAAAGUUUUUGGAAGCUAUGGAUCGCUUUGAUGUCAUAGAUGACACACUAGAAAUGAUUUACGGUGAUUAUGACAAAUCCCAAAGUGAAGUUGGAGGACUAAGGACUCUUUCACCACCACCAAUCGAUCAGGUCUCAUUAUAUGACCAGGAUAUUUUAACUCGAGAUGAUUUAAGAAAUUUGGAGGCAGGACGAGGUCUUCAGCAUUAUGAUGCUCUUGUUCUGCAUGCGGAUGCUGAGAGAGAUAUAAAUUUUGUGCAAACCUUAGUUGAGAAACUAGAGGGUGAAUAUGGCUUAAAGUUAUGUCUAAAAGAUCGUGAUUUGGUAGGAGGCUUACAGCUUGAAACAGAAGCGGUUGUGAGAGUAAUAACAGAGAGAUGCUCUAGGGUUAUUGUAGUUCUUUCACCCGAAUUUCUAGCAUCAAAUAUGAAUCGGUAUUUCACUGGAUUUGCACAUGCGUUAAGUGUAGAUCAACGUAGCCGAAUUAUAAUUCCGUGUCAGCUUGAGCGAUGUGAAAGGCCAGCAAUUAUAAGUUUUUGUCAUUCACUUGACUACUUCCGUGCUCAAGGACUGUGGAACUAUUGGGAAAAACUACGAGAUUCACUGGUAGUUCCAUCACCAGUACAGCAAUGUGUCCCCAUGUAAUGCCCUCGCUUCCCUGCCACUAUCCAAGAAUUACCAAGUGCCCCAAUGCUACCUUCAAGUCUAGAAAGUAUAAACUCUCAUUCACCGUCUUCAUCACUUAACUUCUUCUCAAAACUUUUGAGAAAAGGGGAUUCUUGUGGAAAAACGAAAGUUGGUUCUCUAUCCGAGUCUACAUUUUAUCAGGUAAAUAAGAUAACUGCCGAAACCGAUGGUAUGAAGUCUGACCAUGAAGUGACCUACAAUACAAAUGGUCAUGCAUGUAGCUCAGCCAUACCCAUUGAAAUGUCAUCCGCAAGUCUUAUGAAUGUUAGCUUGUCCUCUGCAUCCGGAGAAUCUACUGAUCUUACGCACGUUUUGAGCAACCUUCCUGAUGUUCCUGAGACUCAAAUGACUCCAAUGAGCACAACUAGUUCUAAAGUACUCCUUUUACCAGAAGUGUCGACACAAACCCCUAAGUCACCUUCAAAAUUUCUAGAAAGAAUUUUCAAGGGAAAACAAAAAAGGAAAGAUUAUGGUUAGACUUUAGAAAAAAUAUAUAUACUUUUUAUACUUAACUAAUGAAUGCUGUGAUUAUCCUUUCAGAAAUUAUAGAUAAGACAAUGUUGCAUAAUUUUCUUUACCAGCCAUCAAGAACAAACUGGCCAGUCAGUAAGUGUCAGCUUUAUGUCCCAUGCUAAUCUGUAGCUUAUUCUCAAAUGGCAAACAACCCAAGUGCCUAUGUGUUAGAUGUAGUAGAUUUACUAUUACUGUAUGUCCCUCUAUUGCUCAUAUGGUUCCAGGAGUCAGAGUUGGUCAUGAAUAUAUGUCAGCUGGUAUACUAGAGGGACUAUUUUGGUAUUUGAUAUCACAUAAGAUCCCCCUCCCCAUUUCUAAAAGUAGUAUUAAGAAAAAUAAUUUUGUAAAGUUAUCGAAAAUGUAUAGCUACAGUAUGGCAAAAUAAACUUGGACAAAACAUGGAAUUAGGAAAGCAGGAAAAAUUUUUAAAUAAUUAUGCUACUGUAAUUUUCAUGAGAAAACAAAAGCAGCAUAGGUAUGGCAGAAAACAUUUUAUGACACUUCCUUGCAACAGCAACAACAGUGAAUUUAGGAGUGCUUAAAUUUUCAAAUGACAGAAAAAUUGAAAAAAUUUCUUAGUUAGAUAUAAGAGACCGGUGAAAAGGAUGUAUAUUAGAAUAUGAUUUUUAGUAAGUUUAAUUCAACAAAGUUAAGUAAAUGUGGGAAAACACAGUAAGUGCAUGGUUUACCUUACAAUAAUGCACAUUACUGAGGUAAUUAACACCUCAACUUAACAUCUCUGUACCGGGCUACAUUAUUAAUUUUUUUCCAUGGAUCAUUUUUGUUGUAAUGCAUUUUGAGGUGAAUCAUUUAAAUUGAAUGUUAAGUUUAGGCUGAAUAGAAGAGUAUAUGAAACAACAGUACGGACUUUGGUCAAAAAAUGGCUUGGGAAGGGGGAAAACAAAGUGAAAGUCUGCUCUCCAAGGUGGUUGAAGAAAAACUGAUGUGUCACUGGAUUUGUGCGCAGUCUCUGACUCCUUCCAUUUCAACUAUGUAUUGGAUGCCAGAUACCACAGAUUCCUUGCAUUUACAAUUUUUUUUAUUGUUUUUAACUAGCUUCCAGCUUGCGCCAGAAAAUUUACCGUACUGUUGAGACCAAAGGUUUGUUAGCGAUGAAAAGUACAAAUGAAUAAAAUAUUUGUCAUGUUAGUUCAGCUGAGGAACCUCGUGGAAUUGCUGUUAGAUGGAAGAUAGUAUCUAGAAAAUAUUUUAGUGCAGACUGUAAUACAUAAAGGAUCUUUUAUACUUAACAGAUUUGCUAUUCAUCAGAAAGCCAGACCCCAAAAAUCUAUUAAGCUGAGGUGCUACAGAAUACGUAUUUAUCAUACAUUACAUACCGUGUUAAGCAUGGUACCACACUACACUAAAUAAAUGUCACUAAAAAUGCUGUAUUAGGGAGAGAGGGAAGGCCACAAUAAGUGCAUAAAUUACUUUAGGCACUUUUUAUGUAUAUAUAUCCAACACAGGCUAGGUUUGCACACCGACGUGACAGAAAAGUUCAAUCAUGGUCCUAGAGAAUAUUGUCUUUGAUUCAUCAAUACACCAACUUUCAUACAAUCAUGUUAUGUACAUAAUUAUACUUUUCUAAUGUUAAUAUGUAUAACUGUAUAUAAUAAUGUAGCUGAUAAGCACAGAAGUAUGUGAAGCUGAGGUUUUUUUUUAUUGUGUAUGUGCAUAAACAGUUGUAUACAUUGUUAGGAAAAUGAUGCAUUUACUGUGCAUUUUUUUCUUACCUUCCUCCCCUCCCCUUUCUCUCUCUCUCUCUGAGUUAUUCUUUAUAAGAUUUUUAUGUAAAUGUAGUAUGUUUGCAGGUGAGUCCAAUCUUAGAAAUACAUUGCCUGUUCCAAAGAAUGUCAUAUCUGCAGACUGCAGUAACUACAGGUCAAUUUAAACUCUCUCUUUGCUCUCCAAAGUUGUUGAAAAACCAAUUUUUAAGCCAAUAUAUAGGUAUGUGGGAUCUAAAGGAUUGUUAGUAGAUAGUCAGUAAACAUAUGGGAAGUAGUUAGGUGCCUGUAAUGCUCUAUCAAACUUUACAUCCCAUUUGCAAGAGAACCUUGAUAAGGGUUUUGAGUGCAGAGUAGUAAUUCAAUUAGAUUUUAGUACAGCUUUUGAUUUAGUAAAUCACAAGGCCCUUAUUUAUAAAUUUCAGAAUCAUAUUGUGGGUGGAAUGUUUUAGGAUUAUUUCAUGAUUUCUGUACAGGUAGGCAGCAGCGAGUUCUUGUUGAUGGGAUCUUAGUGAACCAAGACCUAUUGUUUCUGGAGUUCCACACGGUAGUAUUCUUGGUCCACUGUUAUUUUUGGUGUAUACAAGUGAUAUGUUUGUUGGCCUGGAAAACAAGAUUGUUCAGUAUGCCGAUGAUGCAACACUUGUGGGUAUGGUAAAGUCUCCAUGAAAAAUGAAGCUGCCCUCAGCCUCAGUUGGAUAUGGACCGGAUCAGGUAAUGGUGUAGUGGGUGGGGUAUGAAGCUGAACGCCAGUAAAACGAAAACACUAUUGACUAGCAGAUCUCCUACAGAUUUUCCACCCCAUCCUCCCUUUCAGAUGGCUUGGAGUCAGUUGAAUGGUUCUGAAGCUUUAAUUAUUCUAGGUGUAACUUUCGACUUAAACUUACUUUUGAGAACCAUCUUGUGAAAGUGUCGGCAAAUGCUGUAAAAAAUUAGGUAUUUUUUUUGUAAGGCCUCAUAUUUAUAACCAAUAAAAUCAGUGCAACUUG